GAUAGUACAGAGACACGAAGACACGCUGAUCCGUUGCGAAAAAAAAUCAAACCCCUCAUAGGAGGACGACAUGGUACAAGAGGAUAUAUCGAAACAGUACUUGAAGACCAGAAGUCGGCUGUAUCAGUAUAUCGCCACAGCUGAAGCUGGGUUAGCAGUUUUGCAAGCUGGAAUCAACAUAGGAUGGGCAACUCCGAUGCUGCCGUAUCUCACAUCAGAAGAUUCCUUUGUUGUCGUUACCGAAGAACAGGGUUCGUGGAUCGCUUGUGCAGCCGGAAUCGGCGCCAUCAUAGGAGCUACUCCAGCAGGAAGACUGUCUGACAUACUUGGAAGACGACGGGCUAUCCUUACGUUUCCAAUAUUCUCCUUAUUAUCAUGGUUGCUUAUGAUUUUUGGAACUGGAGUGUGGAGCUUAUACAUAGCGAGGCUCCUAGGUGGCAUAGCCUGCGGCAGUACAUUUGCUUUGACAUUGACUUACAUCGGAGAAAUAUCUGAAUCCGAUAUUCGAGGAAUCUUGUCAUCCACCUUCGGAAUCCUCAUAGCGAUUGGUACAUUUGUCUCAUACAUAGCCGGUACCUUUUUAAGUUUCAGAACAUUUUCGAUCCUUGGUGCUUGUUUGGUACUCUUAUUUUAUGCCCUUUCGCCGUUUCUGGUCGAAUCGCCGACUUGGUUGGUGCAACAAGGCCGAAUGGUAGAAGCGGGAAGUCUCUUGGCACGACUACGAGGUGACGCUCAAGGAAAUACAGCGGAACUCGCGCUUUUGCAAAAAGAUGCGGACACAUCGAAAUCGCAAGGAGCCGUCUUGAAAAAACUCUGGCAAAGCAAAGCUGGUCGUAGAGCGCUAAUUACUUGCGUCGGUCUGAUAUUCUUUCAACAAUUAUCUGGUAUCGAUCCUAUCUGCGUCUACGCAGUGUCCAUAUUACGGGCUGCCGGAAGUACGAUUGAUCCAUUCGUCGCGAUAAUUAUACUCGCAUUUAUGACCAUUGUCAUGGAAAUUUGUACCGGGGUCGUAAUUGACAGGACUGGUCGGCGUCCUCUGCUCCUAUCCUCUAGCCUUGGAAUGAUGCCAUGCUUGGUGAUUCUGGGAUUUUGUUAUCAGAUGAAGGGUUCUACCGAAGCCGAGGUCCUCAGCAUCGGUUGGCUACCUUUGUUUUCGCUAAUCAUGCACACAUUCUUUUAUUCUAUCGGGUUUGCUGGUGUACCCUGGAUCAUGAACGGUGAAUUAUUUCCACCUGAAACGAAAUCCGUAGGGUGUGGUGUAAUCGCAAUAGUGAAUAUGAUCUUGUCGAGUGUGAUGAUUAAGAUAUUCCCAAUCAUGGUCGGACUAGUUGGUAUGCGUAUUUAUUUUUUGAUUUUGGCAGGUUUUAUGGUGGUUGGUGCUAUAUUCGUUUUUAUAUUCGUCCCAGAGACGAAAGGAAAAACUCUACAGAGAAUUCAGUCAAUAUUAAGAGGUCAAAACCCUUAUACAUAUCAACGCAAGGCCAGAAAAAAUCGAACUCCACCCAAUCAGCCUCCUCGGAGUACACCUUAAGAAUUCACAAGAUCUAGCAAAAUUUACCGAGUGCAAUCGACCAUGUGCCGUGGAUUAAUUCUUUCACCUCUGAUUACAUAUCUCUUGGUAUUCAUGAAUCGAUACAUUUGUUGAAGUCAAUAGUGUCGCAACCGACCAAUCUUUGCUGAAUUUCUCAAUGUUCUAUCGAACAAAAUUCCAGUCAAUCCGAGAAGAAGGCAUCGUCGACUUUAGUAAGAGAUACUCUAUCGUUCAUUUAAUUGAAAUGACCAGCACUUCACGACCAAAAAUCAUCAGACUUUAGUGUUCGACGUAUAGUAAAUGAGGACUUAUUCCAACGUUAUCACCUUUUCACGUCCGAUGUCGAAAUAGAUGAUGUGAAUCAAUCAUGUUAUUCCCUUCAAUCCCUUAGUUAUAAUUGUUUUUUUAUUUCCAAAUAAAGUAUUAUACAUAAUUCUUA